AAACCGGGGGAAACAAUUUUGACGGGGGUAACUACUUUGGCACAACACCUGCACGGGAGGAGGAGAAAUCAGCACCGCAAAGAGAAAACGUUCAGCACAGGUUCUUGGUGAAGAUGAGCAACUCAAACCAACCCAAACUGGAACUUUUUGUGAAGGCAGGAAGUGAUGGUCAGAGCAUCGGGAACUGUCCUUUCUCUCAGCGUCUCUUCAUGGUCCUGUGGCUGAAAGGAGUCACCUUUGACGUCACCACGGUGGAUAUGAAGAGAAAACCAGAGAUCUUGAAGGACUUGGCCCCCGGUGCUCAGCCUCCUUUCCUGCUGUACGGCAGCGAGGUGAAGACAGACACCAACAAGAUCGAGGAGUUCCUGGAGGAGAACCUCUGCCCUCCACAGUAUCCACGCCUGGCUGCUCGUAAUCCCGAGUCCAACACAGCAGGUUUGGACAUCUUCGCUAAGUUUUCUGCUUACAUCAAGAACUCGAACCCUCACAUGAAUGACAACCUCGAGAAAGGCCUGCUGAAGGCUCUGAAGAAGUUGGACGUCUACCUCGGCUCCCCACUUCCUGAUGAGAUCGACGAGAAUAGCGCUGAUGAGGUCACAUCCUCGUCUCGCCCUUUCCUGGACGGCCACGAGCUCACUCUGGCUGACUGUAACUUACUGCCUAAGCUCCACAUCGUAAAGGUGGUGUGUUUGAAAUACAGAAAAUUCACCAUCCCAGAGUCCCUCACCAACGUCUGCAGGUACUUGAACGCAGCGUACGCGAGGGAGGAGUUUUCUGCUACCUGUCCGGUUGACGAUGAGAUCCACAUUUUUUACUCCUCGGUAGCUAAAGCUCUGCAGUAGGAGGAGAACGAGUUCGGUUUCCCUGCCGAUGUGAGGUCAGGGUAAUAUUUCCUUUUCAUUUUUACUUAGUAACAUUGGAGCGCUGUACGCCCACAGGUGUGUCUUUUGUAUUCUCACUUCAAUCAGACUCUGUUUACAUCAGCAGCAGAUCCAGGAAACUGGUGAGGUGAAAGCCUUGUCAGACGUUCUGGUGACCUGUCAGAACAACAAAUGCAUUCUGCUUCUUUUGUGUUUGUGGAGUAGAUGCUUCCAUUUACUCACACGCCCGCCUAAUGGAUCAAAUGUUGGCUUCAUGAGCCUCUCACAGCCUGAUUCUCCUUGUUUAUUAUGAUAAGUAAGGGAAGUGAAGUUUGCAUAGCCCACACCAGCCCACCUGCCAACGCCAGUUUUAUUGUUUGUCUUUAAAAAAAAAAGUCAUACCAGCUCGAUUCCAGAAAUAACACUUUUUUCAAUGAUUUGUUUAGAGCUUUUUAAGGUUGCACAGUGAGCGCUGAAAACCGUUGAACAGGAAACAGUUUGAAUAGAGCGGGGUUUCCCCUUUCUGCUCUCCCACAGCAGGCAUGAAGGAUUUUUUAAGAUUACUGUUGGUGAUCUGCUGUGAAGGCACCAAUUUCGCACCGUCCUUGUGAAGAAAAGAAGCUCCUGCUUUCUUACAUUAGUAGAAAAACACAGAAAGAAACACGACGAAGCAUAAAGGAAGUUUAAACAGGAAGCAGGUUUGAUAUAUUUUAUUUGUGACUUGUUUUAGUAUUUUAAAGCUUUUUAAGUCAUGUUUGGAUUAAUUCACAUGUACUACCAAGAAACGAGAAAGCUGAUGUUCCCCGCUCAUCAUUCCUAUAAAUAUCUAUUUUAGUAUUCUGAUGUAAAUUAUAAAAACAUUUAUUGACCCAGAGCUUCUCUACACGCCAAGUAAAUGUGUUAAAGUUGUUAAAAGUUACAUAAAGAAGCUUUUCCAGUUUCAAAAAGAGCACCCAAGUGAGUCUAACAUUUAAAAUCAAGUGUGGGAAAUGUGUUUUCUUUUUUUGUCAGAUUGUUCAUAAAAUCAAAGUAGGAAGAUUUAGUUACCAGUUUAUGGUUAAAACAGCUUUUUACAGUCUUAGCCUUGUUUAUAAUACGCUAUUUUUUCCUGGUUGUGGGACGAGUUCAGUGCUGGUUUUCUUUUGCAUAUUCCUCCAUCUAGUGGUCGGUUACUAGCUUGAUCAAGUUAAGUUUAAAGACCAAGUUCACUUGUUUUUUUCAACACGUGCAGUGGUCUGUACUAUAAAUGAAGUCCUUGUGAGUUGAUCCUGUGGGAAAAAAGCUCUGGCGCUUCUGUUUCUGGAAGUAGAAGUUAGCCUGAGCCGAGGGGAGCAGAAGACGGCAGGUUUGGGAGUCUUAUUUCCUGAUGUUUGGACAUCUAGCCUCUGAUUAGCUAACAGCAACACAACUCACAUGCCUGAAGAAGUUCUGCUGUGUGGUGGAGUUGCUAAAGCUAACAGUUAGCCUUUAUUAGCUGAGACGAGCUCUGCUGUUUCCUGGAUGCGAAAACAACAGCCUUACGUGUUGGGAGUCUAGAUGGGUGAGUCCAUGAAUGCUAAUUUAAUAUUCUCACGUGCAAUUGUCACGGGCUUUUCCAUUCCGAGCAUUUCCUCGUCUAGUUUCUAUCGGCGACUAAUGCAGGAAAUAAGUAAAAAAUAGUUUUUCAGUGAACUUGGUCUUUAAAAUGUCUGCAUGCUUCCUGUCUCCGUCAUUAACAAUAGAACCAUUUAGGAAUUAUGAUUUAUCAUGAAGUUUGAAGCUGUUAAUUAGCCAGUGACCAAAACUGGACUAGUUUAAUAUUUUUUUGUUUUGUUUUCCUGGGUCACUGAAUGCACCAUAACUAAGCAUCUGGUUAAAAGCUGUAAAGACAAGUAAAGAAGGCUUUUUAAAUAAAAUAAGCAUGCUUGACAAUUAGACAAAAACAAUUGUUUCCGAAUUUGACCUACCCCCUCUGGGAGCGGUGAGCUGCAGCAGUGGCUGCGCUCAGGAACUAUUUGGUUGUUUAGCUACCACUUUAACAGGUUACACAUUUAGUUUUUCAGGUGAAAAAUAUAUGAAAAAGCUGUAAUUUGUUCUGUUUUAUAUAUUUUUAAACAUUACUAGUAAUUGGGUAAACUACCAGAAGCUGAAAGAGUGAGAAUGCUGUAAUACGGUGCUUUUUAGAUGUUGUAAACAUUUUCUACAGUAAAACAUUAUGAACACAAAAAUAACCAGAAAUGAGGAGAAAUUUUUAUUUUAUUAUAGUUAAAUCAGCUGAUUAGAGCUUUACAAAGAUUUGGAGUUCAUUGAUUUGACUGGAAUUAAUUUAAAAAGAUGUAAUUACGGUGCCAUUCAUUACUUUUGGCUAGAUUAAUUAUCUUUAAAUGAGCUUCUUUUCAUAAUAGUAAACUAAUUUUAAAUUAAUUUAAACUAAUUCUCAAUUAUCUCAUGAACUUGAAGCUGUUUGUAGGAUAUAAUGAAGUUAAUUGAGUGUACAGUCAGGUCCAUAAAUAUUGGGACAUCGACACAAUGCUAACAUUUUUGGCUCUAUACACCACCACAAUGGAUAUCAAAUGAAACAAACAAGAUGUGCUUUAACUGCAGACUGUCAGCUUUUAUUUGAGGGUAUUUACAUCCAAAUCAGGUGAACGGUGUAGGAAUUACAACUGUUUGCAUUUGUGCCCCCCACUUGUUAAGGGACCAAAGGUAAUGAAACAGAAUAAGAACCAUAAAUCAAACUUAUACAUUUCAAUACUUGGUUGCAAAUCCUUUGCAGUCAAUUACAGCCUGAAGUCUGGAACAUAGACAUCACCAGACGUUGGGUUUCAUCCCUGGUGAUGCUCUGCCAGGCCUCUACUGCAACAGUCUUCAGUACCUGCUUGUUCCUGGGGCAUUUUCCCUUCAGUUUUGUCUUCAGCAAGUGAAAUGCAUGCCCAAUCGGAUUCAGGUCAGGUGAUUGACUUGGCCAUUGCAAAACAGUCCACUUCUUUCCCUUCAAAAACUCUUUGGUUGCUUUUGCAGUAUGCUUUGGGUCAAUGUCCAUCUGCACUGUGAAGCGCCGUCCAAUGAGUUCUGAGGCAUUUCAGAAUUCAUCGAGCUGCUUUUGUCAGCAGUCACAUCAUCAAUACAUACAAGAGAACCAGUUCCACUGACAGCCAUACAUGCCCACACCAUGACACUUCCAGCGCCAUGCUUCACUGAUGAGGUGGUAUGCUUAGGAUCAUGAGCGGUUCCUUUCCGUCUCCAUACUCUUCUCUUCCCAUCACUCUGGUACAAGUGGAUCUUGGUCUCAUCUGUCCAUAGGAUGUUGUUCCAGAACGGUGAAGGCUUUUUUAGAUGUUGUUUGGCAAACUCUAAUCUGGCCUUCCAGUUUUUGGGGCUCACCAAUGGUUUACAUCUUGUGGUGAACCCUCUGUAUUCACACUGGUGGAGUCUUCUCUUGAUUGUUGACUUUGACACAGAUACACCUACCUCCUGGAGAGUGUUCUUGAUCUGGCCAACUGUUGUGAAGGGUGUUUUCUUCACCAGAAAGGAUUCUUCGGUCAUCCACCACAGUUGUUUUCUGUGGUCUUCCGGGUCUUUUGGUGUUGCUGAGCUCACUGAUGCAUUCAUUGUUUUUGAGAAUGCUCCAAACUGUUGUUUUGGCCACGCCUAAUGUUUUUGCCAUCUCUCUGGUAGGUUUCUUUUGUUUUUUUCAGCCUAAUGAUGGCUUGCUUCACUGAUAGUGACAGCUCUUUGGAUCUCAUCUUGACAGUUGACAGCAACAGAUUCCAAAUGUAAAUCACACACUUGAAAUGAACUCUGGACCUUUUAUCUGCUCAUUGUAAUUGGGAUAAUGAGGGAAUAACACACACCUGGCCAUGGAACAGCUGAGAAGCCAAUUGUCCCAUUACUUUUGGUCCCUUAACAAGUGGGAGGCACAUAUGCAAACUGUUGUAAUUCCUACACCGUUCACCUGAUUUGGAUGUAAAUACCCUCAAAUAAAAGCUGACAGUCUGCAGUUAAAGCAUAUCUUGUUUGUUUCAUUUGAUAUACAUUGUGGUGGUGGUGUAUAGACAAAAAUGUUAGCAUUGUGUCGAUGUCCCAAUAUUUAUGGACCUGACUGUAAAUGUGACAAAAUUACACCCAAGUGCAAUUUAAACAUGCUAAUGAAUGUAAAAUUAGUAAAUAUUAGAAAUGAGUUAAUUCACGUAAUUGAUUGGUGUUCAUGAGAGUUUUAAUCUGAUUUAAGAGAUUUGGAUUUAAUCUGUUUUUCUUUCAUAAUUUGGAUUUAAAGGGAUUGAGUCUGAAUAUAUUUAGGAAGUAGGAACAUUGUUUUCUUACUGUAGGCUUAAGUCAAGAACCAAUCUAACAUGUUAAGUUCAUUACAAUGUUUUGGUUUUUCAUUUCAAACGGUGUAAUUUUAAAAAUAUAUAUUAAUCUUGUCAUGUUUUUCACUGUUGUUGUCUGUUUUAAUGCUGAUCAUUUAGUUAGAAGUGCACUCCACGGGAUCAAACUGAUGUGGAUCUAAAUCGCUAGUGAUGACAGUCUAACACACAGAAGAGCUGAUUGUAUUUUUUUAAUCAUUUUUAUUCUUCCAAUAAAACAUCUUCAUUACAAA